AUGUCCGCUGUCAUUCCCUUACUCCCGCUUGGCACCAGCUCAUCACUAGGCAACAAGCACUACAAACCUCAAUACAGCCUCGAUGAUCUCAUACAAGACAUCAAGAUCUACCUAGGCGAGAGUGGCGGUAUUUCAUCGGCAGACGUGGACAAUGAAUACCUGAUCUCGCUGGCGCAGAAAUAUACCUCUGAUCCGAACGACUGGGCCCGCUUUUUCUACAACGAUACCAGCAAGAAUUAUACCCGCAAUGCCAUUGAGAACAUAAACCAGAAAGCAAAUAUUCUCCUCCUUGUAUGGAACCCCGGGAAAGGCUCUCCCGUCCACGACCACGCCAAUGCACACUGCAUCAUGAAGAUCUUAGCUGGGACGCUUCAAGAGACUAUCUACACCGUCCCAGAUCAGGACUCUAAUCUUCGUGGUCCGUUGGAGAUCAAGUCUGAUACGAGACAUACCAUGAAUGACGUCGCUUAUAUCUCGGAUGAUAUCGGGCUGCACCGUGUUCAUAACCCGAGUGCUGACCAAGUUGCCGUCUCUCUUCACUUGUAUACCCCUCCUAAUGCUGCCGACUAUGGGUACAAUAUUUACAACGAAGUGACAGGCAAGGCGAGCUUUAUACAACAGGCUCAAGCUGUUCCUCAGAAAGAAUGA